GCGCGAAUUCUAUGAGCGUUUUGUUGAGUGUUGACUUUUUACGAAUAGUAUGAUUACGAAUGGUAUCUGCUAAUUGCUGCGUUUCUGGUUGUAUGUCAAAAUCUUGACUAACGUUACCAAAAAUCUUCUAACAUGGAUUUUAAUAUCAGAAGGAAAUCCACUCGGACAGCUAUCAGCGGUGCGGAAACUUAUCCGCACGAUCUCCAAAUGUAUAAAGUACCACCAACUGAAAACAUAACAUUGCAAGAAUUUGAGAAUUUAGCGUUGGAAAGAUUAACUUUGUUACGAACUUUAGCUACAGCUACAACAUUAAAAGGAUUGCGUUUAUAUUCAGAUGAAUUUACAGAUUUUAUUUUGAGUGAACUCAAAAAUAACGGUUUGAAAUAUUAUGUUAAACUUUGUGAAAAGUCAGGUUGUGGAAGUCUUGAAACAGAUUUACAAGCCAGGCGGAAAGAUCAUAUAGCUCAUUUUAUACUCCGAUUAGCCUAUUGCAGGACCGAAGACUUACGAAGAUGGUUUAUUACUAGAGAACUUGAAUUGUUCCGAAUGAGAUUCAUAACAAUGAAAGCCGAGGCAUUAGAUGCCUUCUUUAAAAUAAAUAACCUGUACUAUACGAAUAUUUCGGAUGAAGAGAAGAGUGAUAUUAUCAUCAAUUUAAGGGAAUCAACUCAACAUCAAAAUAUUGAACAUAUGAAAUUUUAUAAAGUUAAAUUUUAUGAAGUGUUAGAUUUAGUUAGAUCCAGAAAAGUGUUUAUUAAAGGUGGCUAUGCAUAUAUUCCUCAUAAAGAUUUUAUAUCUGUGUUAACAGCUCAAUACAGGACACACUUGAGGCAGAGCUUAGCAAUUGCAUCCCAACAUCUGAAAGAAAUUGAACAGGAUGAGAGGAUAGUCUGCCUAUUAAAGGGUCUUCACCAAUCUUAUUCAGGAAAUGACUACAGUGAUUCCAAAGUUGUUGUUCCCAUAGAGAGUCUAGACUCUCUUUCACUUAAAUCAUUCCCAUUAUGCAUGAGACAAUUGCAUGAGCAGUUACGAUUAGCUCACCAUUUAAAACAUGGAGGAAGACUCCAAUAUGGCUUAUUUUUGAAAGGUAUUGGGGUAACACUGGAAGAUUCAUUAAGAUUUUGGAGAGAAGAGUUUACUAAAAUAAUGGAAAUAGAUAAAUUUGAGAAGCAAUAUGCUUAUAAUGUGAGGUAUAAUUAUGGUAAAGAGGGCAGCAAAAAGAACUAUUCCCCUUUUAACUGUUUAAAAAUUAUUAAUAAUAAUGUUGGGCCUGGAGAAUGCCAUGGUUGUCCAUUUAGACACAGUGACUCCAGUAACUUGAAGAACAAACUUAAAGGAUAUGGUUUUGAACCACAAGGUAUAAGUGAUGUUGUUGAUAUGGCAAAGAAAGGCCAUUACCAAAUAGCAUGUAGUAAAUAUUUUGACUUGGUGCAUGGCACAAGUAUUGGCUUGGGCAUUAAUCACCCUAAUCAAUUUUAUGAAGAGAGUCAAAAACUACAGAAAGGUGAUAUUAAAAUUGAGCCCAAAAAGGAAGUGAAAAAUCACAGUACAAAAGUUGAACAGACUGACUUAGAAGACAUUGAUUUUGAUGAAAACUUAAUAAAAAUCUGAUUGUUAUUAUUUAAGUUUAAUGAAUAUACAUAUUUUCUAUAUUUAUAAUCUUA